AUGGAUAACGCGGAGUCCGAUCUUUUCGACGACAUCGACAUCGAUAAAUAUUUCCAAGAUUCAGAUAUUCAAGUACUUCACAAGUUGAAGGUUUUCCAUAACAACCAUGUUGAUCAAACGAGAAAUGUUGCAGAUAUUCAUAUUUAUCAACAGAUUUGCUCUGCACUUUCAGCUAUGCGAUUCUAUGAGCAAAUCAUUUCUGUCCAGUUUUGGGCCGCCGUAGUUUUUGGAUCUCAGAUUGUACUUACAACAUGUGGUCAGCCAUUCGGUUUUACCAUGUCCACAAAUGAAUUUUGGUCAUACCGUGUAGCGUGUUUAGAUCAUAAUUCCUAUGUAGAUUGUAACAAAAGAGUGUGCAUUGGGCUUCCUGGUCGUGUGUUCCUCAGUAUGAUUCCUGAAUGGACCAAUGAUGUGGAAAAAUACAAUGAUAAGCACUAUCCUCAACUACAAGAUGCUAAGCGUUCAAAAAUACAAGGAUCGUUUUCCAUGCCUGUGAUAAAAGAUGGCAAGUGUAUUGGUGUACUGGAGUUUGCUAUAACAAAUAAAAGAGAGAAUUUUACCCAUGAAAUGGACGAAGUUCGUACGGCUCUUCAGAACGUGGGGUUACAAUCAUCAGACCAAAAUGAAAGCAUCAACUUUGACACUUUAGAAAAUUACUCUCCCGUGGUUGAGUCCCCCAGUGCCUCAAAAAAGGGUCGAUAUUCAAAGUCAAAGGAGAUCACUCGUAAUGAUAUUACAAAACUUUUUGGAGUGCCUAAGGCCAAAGCUACAAAAAUAUGUGGUAUUUGGCAUGAUCAUAAAACGUUAGCAAAGAAUACCUUUACGAAGGCUCAUAAAAGGUACGGGGUUGAUAAGUGGCCGUGUAUACGUGGUGAAAUAGUCAAAUCGUCUGCGCAUAAAGCCCUAAUUGAACAUGCGGAAGCAUUUCUUAAAACUAGUUCUGAUGUAGCUCGGCGGAUCAAACAUAUGAAUUCUCAGCUCAUGCAAGAUGAUAAUGAUGACAUAACUUUUGAAGAUGGUAAAAGAGUUAGAGAACAAGUUGAUGAGAGUGCCAGUCCAGUUAACAAAAGAUCGCGGAACUAACUCAGACACAGGUCGAACGCCUUUUAUGCAAAUUCUGAAAACUUGAAUAAAGUUCGAUACAUGUUUGAGUGGUUGACCUUAAUUUUAUUAGCAAACGAGAUUGACGCAAUCGAGAUUGACGCUAUUAGUUUUGGUAGAUUGGUUAUUGUUUAGAAAGUGCUUUAUUCUUCCUCCUUUUUAGGAGUGAUUGUUUGUUAUGUGUGUCUAUUUAUAUUGU